AAUCGGCUUUACAAAACGCGUGUUUAAAAAAAGAAAAAGCCGCAUUGGUGCUCGCCGUAUCUGAAAUCACACCCUCCUGUGUCGUCAAUGCGUGAUUCUAUUCUUCCGCCUCUCAUACCAUUUCAUACCAAUUCUCUCGCAAUGGAGAACUUUGCCAUGCAUAGCCCGGUGAGGAGCGGAUCGUACAGAAGCGCUGACCUGAACAAUAAACACGUCGAGCACUUGAGUAGAUCUCCAAGCCCUGUGAGACACGAGGUUCGUCGUCGUUCGUACUCGCGCUCGAGGAGUCCAUCCAACAAGAGGAAGAUGUCCUCUUACAGAGGUGGGAGCGCAGCUGAGCGAGCUGAACGUCCGAGGUACCGCUCGAGGAGUCGCUCUCGCUCCCCGACAAGAAGGGCAACAAGGGAGUACUCGCGGUCCAGGUCUCGCUCCAGGAGCCGCAGGCGCGACCGAGACAUGAUGCGUAGCCACUCCAGAAGCCCAAUGUCAAAUAGACGCAGACAUGUCGGCAGCAGGGAUAAUCCCAAUGAAAGUCGCUGCGUGGGAGUAUUUGGCCUCAGCAUCUACACUACAGAGCACGAGCUGCAGAACAUUUUUAGCAAGUACGGCCCAGUGGACAAAGUGCAAGUGGUGAUCGACGCCAAGACUGGCCGUUCUCGUGGCUUUGCCUUCGUGUACUACAACAGCAAGGAGGACGCCAAGGUGGCCAAGGACAGGUGCUCUGGGAUGGAGAUUGACGGCCGACGCAUCAGAGUCGACUUUUCCAUCACUCAGCGAGCGCACACCCCGACGCCAGGAAUAUACAUGGGCAAACCUACUGAAGUCAGCAGAGGCAGAAGUGCAGAGAGACACAGCAGUGGCAGACGGCACAGACCUGAUGGUAGUGAAUCGUAUAGUGCUGGAGGCGGCGGAGACCGUUACCGUGAGCGAUACCGCCGCUCACCGUCACCCUACUACUCCUCCCGCUCAAGACGAGGCCGUUACGAGCGCUCCCGCUCGCGCUCCUACUCACCACGUCGUUAUUAAUCAGACGCUGCUUCUCGAUGGUUCAUUGGAAAGGGACACACGUGUUAAAAACAUCUCUUCCCUGGGCAUUCAAUUGCCAUUGAUUGAAAUCAUGAUUUUUUUAUUUCGCUGUACACACGUGUAGCGUCUCUCUGCUGUUCGUGUGAGCCCCCUCGAGUUUUAGUUAGUUCAUUAUUUGUGUGCGCUUUGCUCUCGUCUUUUAUUUCUCUCGGCCGAUUCGCUAACUCUCGGACACACACACACACUCACUCACGCACUGUGGAUAUAUAUGAUUUUGUUGUCCUUUUGUUUGGCGCGCAGAGCGUCUUCCCCGUCAGUUACUCUCCCUCCAUUGACACUUGACGACUCUAUGAAAAUGAAUGAUCUCUGAUUAUGUAUGCUCUGUUCAUGUUAUCUGCUUCACUUGGUUCUAACAGCAACUUUUUGUUUUCAUAAGGUUAUGAAAGCCGUGGUAUUGGAUGAAGUAAGAAUUAGAUCGGGGGGAAGAGAGAAAAUUGCAAGCGGUGAUUCAAGUUUUCGCUGCUUUGAAAAUUAGACUGAGGCAGAGGCAGAGCGAGAAAGAAAAUGCAAGACAGAAAGAAGGGAAUUCUCAAGCCCUGUGCUUAACGUAGAAAAAAGAAAAUAAGAAGCAUGGAAGAGAGAAAAUUGCGCGCGAGUUGAAAACUUUCUUAGGACGGUCACGAAAAAAGAAGCCCCAGAAUUUUUAACACAGGACUUGCAGGUUAGUACUGACCAAAGCAGACCACUGAUCCAAGUUCUUGACAAGCUGUAAAAUCUCGAUUCAAAAUCAGCGCCCACUACCCAUUUAUUUCUGUAAUAUUUCAAUCGAGCGAUUUUUGCGGCCUGCCACCAAAGAGUGCAAGGCACUGUAGCAAAUAAUCGCUCCCUUCAUCAAAUAAGCCUAUGUAGCAACACUAUGUGUUUGUAAAACAUGAAUAAAAUUAUCAAAUUCGAGUGCCCUUUAAUUGA